UUGGGCGGGGCUCAGGGCGGGCCCCGGUGCGCCGCGGCGUUCCCAGCUUCCGGCCCGGUGUUCCCUCAGCUGCUUGUACCUUCCGCCCAGCGCCGGCUUUCCGCGCGACGAUCGCUGAGUUCCAUCUUCGCGUGGCCUCUGCGGCGCCCGAGCCCGCAAUGUCGGGCCCCAACGGGGACCUAGGCAUGCCGGUGGAUGCGGGCACGGAAGGCGAGAAUGACAGCUUCGGGGAAGCAGAGUAUGCUGCCAUCAACUCCAUGUUGGAUCAGAUCAACUCUUGUCUGGACCACCUGGAGGAGAAGAAUGACCACCUCCAUGCCCGCCUCCAGGAGCUGCUGGAGUCCAACCGGCAGACACGCCUGGAAUUCCAGCAACAGCUUGGAGAGGCCCCUGGUGAUGCCAGCCCCUAGGUGCCAGGAGCCCCCAUCCAGGCCCUACCCUCACCUCUCUAAGGCCAUGUUCUGGUCUGCAGAGAUACUACCUGGCUUAGACACCAUCUCAGGUACUGGCCUCCAGAUCCUAGUGGGCCUACCAGCCUGGUCCAGUCCCCACUCACUGCCCAUCACCCUUCCUGGAGUCAGGCGCAGUCCUGCAGUUCACCCACUUGUCUGUCUCUCUCCCCUUCACCCAGACUGAGAGUCUGUAUUAAAGAUGUCUCCCACA